CUUACUUCACACGAUUUCGGAACCUUGCUCCCGCACAUGUUCAAUGGCGACGCGAAGGGCUGGCUCAACGAUAAUAUUAUCAACGAGUACCUCGAGAUUCUGGUCAACUACGCACAGAGGCAGGAAGGCUACGUUUACGUCAGGGGCAAAGGUGGAUCGACCCCUCCGGUCCACGCGUUCAAAUCGCAAUGGUACACAUCAAUGAAAGGGAAUCCAUCGGGAACCGCCCGAUGGGCUCGGCCAAUGCAUUUGUUUGGGGAAAAACUCCUCGCAUGCAACCUAGUCCUGAUUCCUAUCUGCCACCACUCGCACUGGCGUCUCAUCGCUAUCAAACCCAAGGAUCGUUUGAUCGAAUACUACGACUCUCUACACGGCUCUGGAAGGGAAUACACUCAGCUUGCCAAGGAAUGGGUGCGAGAGGUGCUCCAAAAGCAAUUUGUCGAGGAGGAGUGGUCGAUUUGUACAAACCAGAGGAGCAAAGCGCAAGCAAAUGCCAGCGAUUGCGGUAUUUUCACGUUACUCAACGCUUUAGUCUUACUUCGCGGCGAGGAGCACAACCGUGUUCUGGUCACCAAUGGCAUGGAUGAUGCACGUCUUCGAGUGGCUGCCACACUCCUU